AUGAAGUCAAAAAAGAAAGCUGAAAUACGUGAUAUACAAUCUAACGAAGAAUGGGAUCUCAUUUAUUUUCAUUCUACAGUAAUCGAUAUUUAUCAAGAAUGGGCUGGUCCGACAAUGGUUUUCGAAGAUAUUUUUGUUAAGCUAAAACGCAAUUUAACGCAAGCAGAAUAUUUAAUAUUCUAUUCGGCAAAUUGUGAAAAUAUUGAAUUAUUGAAACGUUAUCGUGAUUAUUGUGAACCGUUGCUACUUUUUUUCGGAAAUAAAAUAUUGGUACAUGUACAAUACCAUAUGAAUGCACCACAAAUAGAAAAAUCUAUUGAAGAACAACUUAGUAAAGAAUUACAAGCGAUUAAAGAAAAUCGUAAACGCGAACCUAUGGAUGAUUCAUUUUUAACGAAAUUCUCAGACAACAAUGGUAGUCAAUCAAUUGAAAACAAAGAAACGUUAUCGAAUGGACCUAUCUUAUAUAAAGAUGAAUCUGCAAGUUUACGGAGUUUAUUAAUGAAAACAGCAGAAAAAGUUGAUCAAGAUUAUUGGCUGAAUCCAGAUGUUGCACUGUUUGUUAUUAAACCUGAUCUUGUUGCUAAUGGAAAAAAAGAUGAAAUUCUCGAUUAUUUACGUAGUAAAGGAUUUCUCAUUCAUAUGCACGAGGACAAACUAUUAAACGAUGAUGAACUGAUAAACAUUUUUAAACCGGAUUCGAAUGUACUUGAUGAAUUCAUACGAUUUAUGUCGAGUGGUUCAAGUACUUGUGCUAUUGUAUCGAAAGGACAUACCGGACGAUCAACUUCAGAUGAUCUUCGCUAUAUCAUUGGUUCAAAUGAUCCAGAUUUAGCUAGAGAAAAUAAUCCUGAUUGUUUAACUGCACUUUAUGGAACUGAUAAUAUUCUAAAUGGUUUUUAUUCAAGUCAUACAAAUAACGAAGCAUUAAAAGAAAUUCAAAUUGUUUUCCCGGAAUAUCAACAACCUGUAAUUAAAGGAAAAUCUAUUGAUGAAUAUCCUCAUAAAACUGCAACAUUAUGUCUUCUUGGGCCUGCUCAUGUACGAUCAAGGAAAGAAGCUAUUAUUCGAGCAAUCAUACAACAUGGAUUUGAAGUACGCUACGAAAAAACGUAUACAUUUCGACCAGAUGAAGUUGAAUCACUCUAUAUAAAACAUCGUAAUGCCGAUGUUUUCAAGCCAUUAGUCGAAGCCUUUAUCGAUGGCCCUUGCUUGCUACUGUAUAUAGCCAAAGAAAACUGUGUGUCAGAUUUUUGUGAAUUGCUUGGCCCAUUUUUACGUGAGGACUUCAGUAAAAUGCCCGGAACACUCCGGCAUGAUUUUGAUGAAACGACAAUGCCUGUUACGACGAUUCAUGGUUCAGAAAGUAUCAUUGAUGCACGAAAAGAACUUGAACAAUUUUUUCCAUAUCAGCAAACACUAACAGUCAUUAAACCAGGUUUAACACCAAAUCAAAAAAAUGAUAUUUUUAAACGCUUAAAUUUAAAUGGCUUUACAAUUCUGAUGAAAGCAACAAGACAUCUAACAAAAGAUGUUCUUACUCAAUUCUAUGCUCGACAUCAAGGUUUACCUUGGUUUAAUGAUUUCAUUCAAUUUAUGAGCAGCGAUAUUUGUGAAAUAAUCAUUCUUGCACGAGAAGAUGCUGUUCAAGCUUUGCGUGAAAUAAUGGGUCCCGUUGAUCCUGUACGUGCGAAGACCGAUGCACCAGAAUCAAUUCGAGCAAUAUAUGGUUUGGAUAUAAUGCGCAAUGGUUUACAUGCAUCAUCAAAUAAUAAACAUGCACGUGAAGAAAUUCGAUUAUUUUUUCCUGAUUUCGAAUUCAUCAAAACUAAGCCGAUAACGUUUCAUUCAAAUGUUUUAACGACUGAUGCUACCAUCUCAAAUGAUUUACCAAUAACUGAUGAAAACGAUCUCUAUUAUCUUCAAUCGCAUGAAAUCAUGUAUGAAUUAGCUGUACAUACUCGUACAAAUGAGAAUGAAAAUGAGGAGUCAGCUGUUUUUCUUACAUUAAUGGGUAAAACCAAUGAAACUAAAAAACUUCUUCUUCAAUAUGCCGAUAAUAAUAUUCAUCCUUUACAAUCAAAUCAAAUUGAUCUAUUUCAUUUUAUUGAUCAAGAUGUUGGCGUUCCGAAACUGAUUAAAUUUUCACAUGAUGGACGAGGCUUUCCAAAAAAUUGGUCUUUGGCAAAUAUUGAAGUAACAAUUUCAUCUCGAAAUAAGAUAUUCAAAUUUGAUAUCAACGAACUAAUACUUGAAGAAAAACUUAGCUAUCCAAUCACUGAUAUUAUAGAUAUCGAACCUAAAACGAAUGGCAAUUGCGCUAUUACUAUACAAACAGGCAGUGCUAAAUAUGCAGGCACAUCAGCAGAUUGCAGCAUUCUUUUAUCCGGUUCACAAGGUGUUUAUGCAUUUCAACUACGCCGAUCAUUAACAAAUCGAAUACCGUUUCAAAAUCGAUACCGUGAUGUAUUUCUUGUUAACGUAGAUGAACAACUUCAUGAUAUACAAUAUAUUGUUCUUGAACAUAAUAAUGAAAAUUCUACACCUGCUUGGUUUGUUGAUUUUGUUAUUGUUAAAAUUUUACUCAGUCAACAAGAAUAUUUUUUUCCUGUGAAUCGAUGGCUGUCAAUAGAUUAUUUCGAUGGAAAAGCUAAAAUAAUAUUUUCUACAGACAAGCAAAAAAUCUCAUCGAAUGAAAUUAUUCGCUAUGAGGUUUGCAUUGUAACGGGCUCAAUGUUUGACGCAGCAACAUGUUCACCUGUUUGGAUAACAAUUAAUGGGACAAGGGGAUCGAUUGUUAAUAAAUAUUUAGAAAUUGCCGAAAAUGAGUCAUUUCCAUUUGAACCCAAUAAUCGUGAUUUAUUCAUUUUGUACGAUAUAGAUAUUGGUGAACUUAAUAAAUUGAUCUUAGGUCAUGAAAAUGGUAAUGCUGAACAAGGAUGGUUUGUUGAAUCAAUUGCAAUUCAUAUACCAUCCAAACAAUAUCAGAGUGAAAUAUAUAAGAUAAAUAAAUGGUUGAAUUCCAAACGAAUAGAUAGUGCACCGUUAGUUGAAAUUCAAAUACGAAAACCGAUGAAACUCAAUCGAAACAUAAAGCAUCAACAAGCAACCGUACCACAGCUAAUGUCUAAUACAAUAAUACAUUCAGUUCCUGAAUACGAAUCAUCCUACACAAUAUAUAUAUUGACUGAAGAUUUUCAAUCUGAUUUGAUCAAACAAAAUGUUUUUAUUGAUUUAAUUAAUGAAACAAUGUCUACCAAUUUUAUGCGAUUGAAUAGUAAAAUAGAAACUCGUGAAAAUUUAGAGCGUAAUGUUUUAGGACAAUUCAAAGCGUAUGGAUCACACAUUGGACAAAUCAAUAGAAUUCGUCUUCUUAUUCGUACACCUGAUCAAAUAACACGUUGGCUGCCUCGUUGUAUUCUUAUCAUAAUCGACGAUAGCCAACAAAUAUUUAAAUUUAAAAAUUCACAUUGCAUCAUACAUUCAAAUACAAAUGGUUUUCUAACUCUUAGUAUGGAAUUAGAAGAAUCUCAAAAUACCAAACAAUUAGAUAAUAUUGAAAAUCAAUUAGAAAAUCUUAAAGAUGAUUACACCAAAGAAACAAGAAAAAUUGUUAUCGAUAAACGCAAUUCAGAAACAUAUAAUAAAUAA